AUGAGAACGCAAAGCGAAAUUAUAAAACCAUUAGUUCCACUUCGGAGGAUACCGAAGAAUAGAGGAACCGUUGUUCGAAAUGCUACAGAAAUAAAUCCCUUGUCUGAAAAAGAAAUAAAAAAUGUGGUGGAAGUAUAUUCUGAAGCUAAUAAAGCAUAUUAUAAAAAUUAUUUACAAAAAGAAAAACAAAGAAAAAAUAAAAAUCAAAAUAAAAGUAAAAAUAAAUAUAAGGAAAAGAAGAAACAAACAAAUAAUUUAACAUACAUUACAAAAAAGUCAAAGAGUGAAGAAUUUGAUCCUUUGAGUCUUAAUCCAUUAGAUUUUAGAAAUAAAAAAUUUGAAGAGAAUGGAUCACUUUUACAUUUACCAGGUUCUAAUAUAAACGCAAAAUAUGUACCUCAUAAUAUAAAUUCAGAAUAUGGAAUAUGUAGUAUGUCAUAUGGAACGCUCCAUAAGUCUAACCCUUUAUUGUGGGGAAAGGAUUAUAAAAAUCAUUAUGAAUUACCUACAAUAUGUUCAAUAGUAAAAUCAAAACAUCCUAUAUAUUCCAAGCCUAAUGUCACUAAAAUGUUUAGUAAAUUAUCGAAUAAUGAAAAAAUUGACGAAAAAGGAAACAACAUCAAAAUAAUCAACAAUAAUAAUAAUAUUAAGAUGAAGGAGAAGAAGAUGAAAAAGAAAUAUGUUAUUAGUAAUGAUAAUAAUAAUAAUAAUAAUAAUAUUGAUUUAUCAUUUAAAGAAUACCCUCAUAUAGAUGUUAAAAAAGUGCCCACAUUUGGUAAUUCUAAAGAUGAAAACGAUUUUCCUGACCUUUCAACAGAAUUAUAUAAAUCAUAUAAUGAUACUUAUACAAAUAGUAAUUAUGAUGAAAGCACUAUUCAAACUGAUGGGAUUAAUAAAGAACAAAAGAAUUUAGAUAACUUUAAAGAAAGUAUAGAUGGUGAAGAUACAUAUGAUUAUUCAGAUUUUUUUGAUGAUAAACAAAUGGAUUCUAAAAAUGAGAAAAAGGAAGAAAUUAACAAUGAGGAAUAUAUUAAAAAUUGGUAUAACAAUAAAUUUCCUUCUUUUCAUGAAAAUGAUAAGGUAGUUGAAAAUUUAAAAAAAAAUAAUAUAAAAAAAUAUAUGUCUCUCCAACAUAAUAAUAAUAAUAAUAAAAUAAAAUGUAUGUUUAAAAAAAGUGAUCAUAAUGAUAAACCUGUAAAUAAAAUUUAUAAUAAUCAAAAUAUGGAACAUCAGAAAAAUAUACAAAAGAAUUAUAAACUUUAUGAUAAUGGAGUAGAGGGGAAAACAUAUUUAAAUCAAGUUCAUCUUAUGUCAACUAGUAAAAAAAAAAAUAAUAAUCAUACAAAUAAUGAUUUAAAAGGAAAAAAUGACGAAACUUACGUAUUAAAGAAUGAGAAAGGUUCUAUUAAAAUAAACUGUGGAGAUACAUCAGAUAAGAAAAAAAAGAAAUCGAAAAAAAAGUUGAAUAAACAAAUGGAAGAACAUAACUAUAUUACAAAUGUUGUUGAAAAUGUGGAAUUGCCCUUAUCAAAUGAAUAUAUAAAUGAUAAUAAUAUAAGCAAAAGUAGAAAAAAAAAAGGUAGUAAGAAAAAGAUAAAAAAUAAUUCAAAUUUAAAAUUGGAUAAAUAUAAAAAUUCAUUAAAUGGUAAAUAUUUCCCUAUAAAAACAUCAAAGGAGAUACAAAAGGAUUUUACUAAUGAUACCAAUUUAUCAAACAUUAUAAAAAAUUAUAAUACAAAAGAGUUAAAUAAACCAACAAUAUAUGAAUGUAAUCAAAUGGAUGCAAAUAAAGAUGUAGAAACAAAAAUUGAAAUAGAUAAAUCUAGAAAUGCAUAUAUAGUAGAUAAUUCUUCUGGAUCUUUAAAAGAUAGAGCAGACGUCAAAAUUGUAGAAGGUAUGUCUUUAUGUAAUAUGUAUAAGGAUAAAUAUGCUACAAAUAUUUACAACACCAAUAAUAUUAACCCUAAUAAAAAUCAAGUAUAUAUAUCUAGAGGUAUUAAUAAUAGUAAUAUAUUUGAUAGUCAAAAUAUGGGAUUAAGACAGAAAGGAUAUUAUCAAUUAUUUGAUGAUAAUCCCAAAUGGAAAGUACAAGUAGCACCUCAAAUAUAUUCCUCAGGAGUAUCACCAUCAUAUAUAAGUACUUCAAAACAACCUUUAACAUCAAUAAUACAUUCACAAUUAUCAAUUGGAGAUAUUAUUAGUUGUCAUAAUUCAAAUCAGAUAUCUUAUAUAACACCUGAUGUAAAUGCAUUAAAAGGAGAUGUAUCAAGUCAAAUUAAAAAUACAAAUAUGUAUAGCCAAAUAAAUACUGUUAAAUCGAAUGGAUUAUCACUAAUAUCUGAGCCUAUCAUAUUAGAUCAUAAUCCUAUAUCUAAUAUAAAUGUAAAUAGGAUAAACGUAAAAGAAGGAGGAGAGGUAUAUGAUAAAAAUAUAUGCAACAUGAUUCCAUGGACAAAAUCUUUAGAUGGCUACAAGAAUUUUAAUAAUGUGAAUAGUUCUUUUGGUAAUAUAGAAAAAUAUUCUAUGAAGGAUUUGGAUUUAAACACAAGAGAUUUAUAUAGUAAUAUGAAAAAAAAUGAUAUAAUUGGAAAUAUGGUUUGUUUGGAUAGUUCAUAUAAAAACAUGACAAAUAAGAUGAAUGAUGAUGUUGCAAUGGAGAAGAAUGGUUUGAUUGAAGAAAAAAAGUUGGGGGGAAUAUAUAUCAGAAAUAAUAAUAAUAAUAAUAAUAAAAAUAAUUCUGUCAAGUACUUUAAUUGUGAAAACCGUGUUGGUGUUCAGGCUAGUCCAUCAUAUAUACAUUCAGAAAGAAAUCAGAAUCUAAAUGAUAUCUAUAAAGGUAAUUCAUUUAAGGAGUAUAGAGGUGAUGAUAUUAAUGAUAAGGUAAAUUAUAAUAUGAAUAAUACAGUUGAGAUAUAUAAAAAUCUAAAAAUAGAAGGAUAUGAUAUAGAUAGAAGAAAUAACUCUCAAGUGAAUGAAUUAAUAAAAAUAUCUAAUGAUAACUUAUUAAAUAUACAAAAGAAAGAGUUAUUAGAUAUCUUAAAUGAGGAAAAUAAGAAAAUGAGUGAUGAUAAUAAUAUUGGAAUUAAAGGUAAUUGUCAUAAUAAUAUUGAAAUUAAAGGUAAUUGUCAUAAUAAUAUUGAAAAUAAAGGUAAUUUUCAUAAUAAUGUUGAUAAAUCAAGUACCUUUCUAUCAUGUGCUACGUAUGUAAAUCCGUUGAGUAUAUCUGAUGGAAAUACAAUACAAGGUAGUAAUAAAAAUAAUAAGAAGAAUCAUACAAAUAGUAUUGAUACAUAUAUUAAUAAUGAUAAGAGUAAAAUUAAUGAUUGUAAUAAUUAUAUAAAUAAUAAUAAUAAUGAGAAGAUAUAUUCUCAUAUAUAUGGUGAGAAAAAGAUAAAUGAACCAUCACAUAUGGUAUAUAUAAAUAAAAAAAGGGAUGAUGAAAAAUAUUUAAACUAA